UCGCCAUUUCCUCAAAUUGGGGCUUUGUUCGUCUUCGGCCGCCGCCUUCACCGUUCCAGCUCCAGGGAGAGAGAGGAGAAGGUUGCAUUAGGAAGAGAUGAAGACGAUCCUCUCAUCGGAAACCAUGGAUAUCCCCGAAGGGGUGAAGAUCAAGGUGAACGCCAAAAUCAUCGAGGUCGAAGGCCCUCGGGGGAAACUUAUUCGCAAUUUCAAGCAUCUGAAUCUGGAUUUCCAGUUGAUCACCGAAGAGGAAACCGGAAAAAAGAAGCUCAAGAUUGAUGCCUGGUUUGGCUCCAGGAAAACUUCUGCUGCCAUUCGCACUGCCCUUAGCCAUGUUGAGAAUCUCAUCACUGGUGUUACCAAGGGGUAUCGUUACAAGAUGCGAUUUGUCUAUGCUCACUUUCCGAUCAAUGCUAGCAUCACCAAUACCAACAAGUCCAUCGAGAUCCGUAACUUUCUUGGCGAGAAGAAGGUGCGAAAAGUAGACAUGCUUGACGGAGUAUCUAUUGUUCGAUCUGAGAAGGUUAAGGAUGAGUUGGUCUUGGAUGGUAAUGACAUUGAGCUUGUAUCUCGGUCUGCUGCCUUGAUAAACCAGAAAUGCCAUGUGAAGAACAAAGAUAUCCGGAAGUUCCUUGAUGGUAUUUAUGUCAGCGAAAAAGGAACUGUUGUUGAAGAGGAGUGUUGACUUGAGUAGUUUUGUUCAACCAUGCUUUGGCUUUUGGUGAUAGUUUCUUCUUAUAUAUUUAUAUUUAAUUCGUAGACAAAUUAAUGAGACAAAAAAAACUUAUCUUAGACAAAUUCACGAGAUUUUAGUUCGAAGCGAUGUAACGGCGUAUGGAGUAAAUGUCAGUUACCGUUGUUUGGUUUGUUUCGGGAUUUCGAGAAGACCUAAUUUUGUUCCUCUCUUAGUGUUGAGUUAAGAAUGCUGUCCAUUUUCCAAUAUUUAGUCAUUGGUGAUGUGGUGUGGUGAAGCCAUUGUUGGUUG